GUCUCAGGUGUGUUUCUGGGGUCCCAGCGGGGUGAUGCUGCGCGGCUCCGGGAUCCAGUGGGACCUGCGCAAGGCUCAGCCGUACGACGCGUACGCGCACGUGGAGUUCGACGUCCCCAUCGGCUCCCGCGGCGACUGCUACGACAGGUACCUGUGCCGGGUGGAGGAGAUGCGUCAGUCGCUCAGGAUCAUCCUGCAGUGCCUCAACAAGAUGCCGCCGGGGGAGGUGAAGGUGGACGACGCCAAAGUGUCACCCCCGAAACGCGCCGAGAUGAAGGUGACACCCGCGGGGACGGGGGACAGCAGCACAG